CAGGAAAGUUUGGAAUUUUCUGUCAUACUGUAGGGAGAAAGGAGGAGGGGAACUGAAAUAAGUUUAGUACGAAGGUUUACGUUUAUAUUUUGCGGAGAAAAGAGCACAAGGAGCAAGUUUCUGGAUUAGAAGAAGUAGUCGCAUUGGCACGGGACGAGUUCAUUGCUGCCACUGAACUACAUUUGUGGUUUUUGAGUUUUUUUCCAGCCACCCUUGCUGCAACCCUUACAUUUUCUUAGUUGCGUGGACACCUGGGCAUGCACGGAUUGGCGAUCAUUCCAGACGACUAAAAAGGCAUUUUUGUGCUUUGUAUGGAUUUUAACGAGCAGUCGGACCUAGUUAGUAUAAGACCGACUAUAGCAUAUGUGGUGUCGUGGCGUCCCCUCUUUGCCGCUGUCAGGUUCAAGAAGUGCAGCUGUCAGCUAGCUGGUACUCUGUAGUUACAUUUUUUUGCAGGGAUCUCCUGUCCGCCUACAUUUAAACGGUAACGUUACUGUAGCUACCUCUUUUAGAAACACAGUGACGUGUUCUUUCCAGUUUGUUUUGGGAAUUUUACAUACGGAACUUGCAGUUUCAUUGUGGAGCGAUUUUGUUGCCCCUUGGCACUGAUAUUGGACACCAGCAGAGUGAAAGUGUUCCAGUCGCGUGCUCUUAACACAUUUAGUAUCUGCGACUGGCGGGUUAGCGAGCUAGCUGUAUCACAUUGGCUCGAGCCAGCCUAAUCAUGCCAGUACGAAAGAAAGAUGCACAGCGAGCCCUGUCACUCUUGGAAGAAUAUCGGACAAAGCUUAAUCAUACGGAGGACCGACAAUUGAGACACUCAAUUCAGAGGGUUAUUGACAUCUUUCAGAGUAACCUUUUCCAGGCACUCAUAGAUAUCCAGGAAUUUUACGAAGUGACCUUAUUGGACAGUCAGAAAUGUGUGGAGUCACCAAAGGCAGUGGAACCCAUGCCGCCAGUCAACCUGUGGGACUUCUCCAGCCUCCAAAGCACAACGGUGACAUCCGACACCCUGCCCAGCCUUAGCACCAGCAUAGAGAAGUACAAGCACCACGAUGAGGACACGUCCCCCCAGGAGCAGAGCUCCCCCCAGCUCACAGACGAGAGUCCUGGCCCCGAGCUGGUCCAGGUGGCGGAGAAGAACCUCUCCCAGAUCGAGAACGUCCACGGCUACGUGGCACAUGCGCACAUCUCGCCCAUGAAGGUAGCGUCUCUGGAAUGCAUCUUUGACGGGUCGUCUGCUCUAGGACAGCAGGAAGUCCCUCCCCUCACGCCCACAUCCCCGUACCCUCCAAGCGAGGACAGCCCCCUCCCUUCCUGCUCCUCUGCCCCCUACCCCCAAAGCCAGCAGACAGAUGCUGCCCCGCCUUCCUCUCCCAUAAUCCCUGUGAUCCCAAUCUCAGCUGAGACUGCUGUCAUCCCUCCGACGUCACAGGCGAACCCUCCCCCUGUAGUGGUCAAUACAGACAGUCUGGACACGCCUCCAUAUGUAAAUGGAACCGAAGCAGAUUAUGAAUAUGAGGAGAUUACGCUCGAACGGGGAAAUUCGGGUCUGGGUUUCAGUAUCGCAGGGGGCACAGAUAACCCACACAUCGGUGAAGACCCGAGCAUCUUCAUCACAAAGGUUAUCCCUGGGGGUGCUGCAGCCCAGGAUGGACGUCUUCGUGUCAACGAUGUGAUCCUGCGAGUCAACGAGGCGGAUGUCCGGGACGUGACUCACAGUCGGGCGGUGGAAGCACUGAAGGAGGCGGGCUCGCUCGUACGCCUCUACGUGCGCCGGAGGAAGGCCGUCUCUGAGAAGCUGAUGGAGAUCAAGCUGGUGAAAGGGCCUAAAGGUCUUGGUUUCAGUAUAGCAGGGGGUGUGGGGAACCAACACAUCCCAGGGGAUAACAGCAUCUACGUCACCAAGAUCAUCGAAGGAGGAGCUGCACACAAAGACGGAAGAUUACAGAUAGGAGACAAACUUCUGGCUGUGAACAGUGCUUGCCUUGAAGAGGUGAGCCAUGAACACGCCGUGACUGCCUUGAAAAACACCCCCGACGUGGUCUACUUGAAAGUGGCAAAACCCAACAGUGUCUUCAUGAAUGACAGCUUUGCUCCGCCUGACAUCACCAACUCCUACUCCCAACACAUGGAGAACCAUAUCAGCCCUCCCAGCUUCCUGGGACAGCCCCUCCCAUCUGCCCCCUCGGGACGCUACUCACCCACCCCCAAGAGCAUGCUAGGAGAGGAUGAUGUCACCAGAGAACCUAGAAAGGUGGUGCUCCACAGAGGAGCUACGGGGCUGGGCUUCAACAUAGUGGGCGGGGAAGAUGGAGAGGGCAUCUUCAUCUCCUUCAUCCUGGCAGGAGGCCCUGCAGACUUGUGUGGGGAGCUGAGGAAAGGAGACCGCCUUGUCUCUGUGAAUGGUGUGGACCUGCGCAGUGCCACGCAUGAACAGGCAGCGGCGGCCCUUAAGAAUGCUGGUCAAACGGUCACCAUCGUGGCCCACUACAGACCAGAGGAGUACAGUCGGUUUGAGGCAAAGAUUCACGACCUGCGGGAACAGAUGAUGAACAGCAGCAUCAGCUCUGGGUCGGGCUCCCUGCGGACCAGUCAGAAGCGAUCACUCUACGUUAGAGCCCUGUUUGACUAUGACAAAACCAAGGACUCGGGCCUUCCGAGCCAGGGCCUCAACUUCAAGUUUGGCGACAUCCUUCAUGUGGUGAACGCCUCAGAUGACGAGUGGUGGCAGGCCCGGCAGGUGACCGCUGAAGGAGAGGUGGAGGAAGUUGGUGUCAUCCCCAGCAAGAGACGGGUGGAAAAGAAGGAGCGAGCGAGGUUAAAGACGGUCAAGUUUAACUCCAAGUCUCGAGACAGAGGGCAGUCACUCAAUGACAAGCGUAAAAAGAACCUCUUUUCCCGAAAGUUCCUUUUCUACAAGAACAAGGAUGCGAGCGAGCAGGAAACGAGUGAUGUUGAGCAACAUGUGACUUCUAAUGCCAGCGAUAGUGAAAGUAGUUACCGUGGUCAAGAAGAAUAUGUGCUGUCCUACGAGCCAGUCAGCCAACAGGAAGUGAACUACACCCGGCCAGUUAUAAUCCUGGGUCCCAUGAAAGAUCGGAUAAAUGAUGACCUGAUAUCGGAGUUCCCAGACAAAUUUGGUUCUUGUGUUCCUCACACGACCCGGCCCAAGCGGGACUACGAGGUGGAUGCCAGAGACUACCACUUUGUGGUCUCCAGAGAGCAGAUGGAGAAGGACAUCCAGGACCAUAAGUUCAUUGAGGCGGGCCAGUACAACAACCACCUGUACGGCACCAGUGUGCAGUCUGUACGUGAGGUGGCAGAGAAGGGCAAACACUGCAUCCUGGACGUUUCGGGCAACGCCAUCAAGAGACUCCAGCUGGCACAGCUCCACCCCAUCGCUGUCUUCAUCAAACCCAAAUCAGUGGAGAACAUCAUGGAAAUGAACAAGAGACUGACAGAGGAGCAGGGAAGGAAGACCUUUGAUAGAGCCACCAAGCUGGAGCAGGAGUUCACCGAGCAUUUUACAGCUAUUGUUCAAGGAGACACUUUGGAGGAGAUCUACGAUCAAGUCAAACAGAUCAUAGAGGAACAAUCUGGCCCGUUCAUAUGGGUACUAUCCAAGGAGAAGUUAUGAAAGGUCACGCUUUCGACUCCGCCAUCGUCCUCUCUCUGUAUUUAUUUUUUUAUUUUUUUUACCAAACUGGUCUGCUGUAACUGCCCCCACCACCCCACCCCACCCCCCACCCAACUUCGCCCCAAACCCACUCCUGCCCAACCCAACUUACCCCACCCCUUGUCUACCUGCUAUACAGUCCCUGAUACCAUAAUUAUUUUUCCUACCUAACCCACCCCUCCCCUCUCUCUGCCAGGUUUCUCACAUUAAGGUCAAAGUUUGUCAGACCUUAUUGGCCAACCAGAAAACGUUGGACCAUGUAGUACGAAGUCUUGAGUCCCCAUUGGGGUCGCCCCCAAGAAGGGACACCCAGUGAACGAGACCAGCAGCGCAAAGCACACAGGGUGUAGGAUUUUAAAAACGGUACAGUUCCUUAAUGUUUAAGGGAGGUGAAACAAAUGUGUAUGUGUAAGUGGAUUGUGGGUGUGUAUGUCCUAUUUAAAAAGGUUUUUAUUUUGGGGGAGGGGGGGGGGGUCGAAGACGACUGAGGGAAUUUCCGUCUCAGGCUUUCAGGCGUCAAAAGUAUAGUGGAAACACAGAGCAAAACUUUGCACGUUAUAGCUUUAACAGCAUGUCUUUUAGUAUAUUUUCUCCCCUCCACCCCUUAUCAUCCUGUACCUUCAGCAUACACAAUAUAUCAUAAAAAUUUUAUUUUCCUUUUUUAACACAUAGUUGUAUUCACUUUUUAUCUCCUUACCAGUGUGUCCAUGAUAGAAAAGCCAUUGUACUUUGCAUCUUUGAGUGACACAAAUAUGCAUUUUGUGUGUGACAGGAUAGAACAAAAGUCUUUAACUCAAGUCCUGGAGAUGGGUUUGUGGAAGUGUGUUCUGGGUUUUACAAAGUGGAGUGAACGAGAGGAUGGUAACUGGCUUGUACUGUUCAGAUUCAACAGUGAAUUAAUUGCAGAUUUAUUUUUUAACUAAUCUGGCCAGUAGGUUUCUGGACAAAUGGACAUUUGCAAGGCUGUGUUUCAAAAAACUCAAUGCUGAUCAAAGGACGACACAAAAACGCACCGCUUCAGAGCUUGAGUUUAAGAUCGCUAUAAGAAUGAUGUAACGUUUUUUAAGCAGUUAUCAGUGUCUUACUGUUCAAUGACCUAUCUUUGAUCAUUUGAGUUAUUUUUUUAAGAGUCCUUUACAAAUGCGGAAAAGGAACUGCCAUUGUAGGUGUCCAUAGAUCUGUCAGCAAAAUGCAGAUGCAACAAUUGAAGAAUUUAUUGUACAAUGAGAUUUUAACAGAUAUUUAACCCUCCGUAAACUGCCUAUUUUGUUAUAAUAAAAGUCUAUAUUGAACUUUA